CUCGCUUGCAUCUUGUUAAGCGAUGCAAAAGAGAGCUUUGCCUUCCACUUCUUCGGGUCAACAAAGUCAACCCAAGAAGCCGUGCUUGGCUCCAGUGAAUCAAGUAUGGCACCUGGGGGAGAGGAAUCUUGUGCCGAGGAGCUUUUUGACGGAGGAGGAUGUCCGGAGAGUGAUUAGAGAAGAGCUGGAGCAUGCUAAAUCUCACUCGACCGAAUAUUUUCAGAGUUGCACAGGGAAUGCUCUCGACGAUAUCAUACACUCAUUGGAGAAUGUUGUUCAGAAACUGAAGGAAGCAGUGGAGCCUGCAAACAGUCACUCUCCCCACCUCGGAAGGGGGAAUGCUAAAUCCAUGGCAAACAAUGGAGGGAGAAACUUACAUCUUCAACUUCAGACCAAACUGCUACUUCCUCUAUUUACUGGAAAGAAAAUAGAAGGAGACGAGGGUGCCUGCAUUUACGUUGCCUUGAUUGAUAUGAACACAGGGGAUGUCGUUACAUCAGGCCCAGAAUCCUCCAUUAAGUUGGAUGUCGUCGUGCUUGAAGGUGACUUCACCAAAGACAAUGAGGAGAACUGGGCUCCAGAAGAGUUUGAGAAUUAUGUGGUUAAAGAACGAGAAGGAAAGGGGCCGCUUUUGGCAGGAGAUCGCAUAGUGAAGCUCAAGGGAGGUAUUGGGGAGCUGGGAGAACUGAUAUUUACUGACAAUUCCAGCUGGAAUAGGAGCAAAAAAUUCAGAAUGGGGGUUAAGGUGGCAUCGGGUUUUUGUGGGAACACCCGAAUCCGAGAAGCAAAAACAGAUGCCUUCCCCGUCAAGGAACAUAGAGGGGAAGCAUACAGGAAACAUCAUCCACCUGCAUCUGAUGAUGAGGUUUGGAGAUUGGAGAAGAUUUCCAAGGAUGGGAUAUGUCACGAAAAACUAAGUGAAGCAGGAAUAUACAAAGUGGAGGACUUUCUACUGCAACUGUUCACGAACCCCAAGAAACUGAGAGAGAUUCUUGGAAAGAGCAUAACAGAGAAGAAGUGGGAGAGCCUCAUACGCCAUGCAAAGACUUGCAAAACAAAGUGGAAACUUUAUUUGGAUUAUCCUGAGGACAUGGGGGAGCAUGGUGCUGUAUUCAACACUAAUGGUCAACUGAUCGGCCUAAUCAAAGACCGGGCAUUUUUGGCUUCUCAUCGACUUUCUGCCCAAGAGAAGGAACAUGGAGAGACAAUCGUGAAGAAGGCCUUUGAUGAAUGGAGUGAUGUUAGGGAGUUCAAUGAUGAGGCCUUUUCUGGUUCAAUGCAGAAGAAACGCUCAAGCUCUUCCCCAUCUCAAGUCUUUGAAGGACAAAUUGGAAAUCUCAGCCCUGUUCAACGUGAUUUGGCUCCACCAUUCUGUGUCACUCCAGUUGGUCCAAAACCUCCUUUAGCAAGUGGGAUAUCCAAUGUUGAAGUUCUUUCUCCAGUACAUAAUGGUGUAAUUGCUUCGGCAUUACCAGUACGGUCACAGGAUCCCAAUUUUGGAAAUGCCAUGGAGGUUUCAGUUGAUAAAAGUGUUCAUCUUGUUGCACAUCAGCACAUACCUGGAGACCGCUGGAAUGUUAUAAUGUCUUCAGGAGAUAAUGGUAUUACUCCUGUUGGAUCGCCGUCCCAUGAUAUCAUUUCACAAUAUGCCAGGCAAAGCCAAAUGAUGGGUUCUUUAAGCCACAUGGACUAUACAGCAACUGAGAAUGUCCUCCCCUAUGAACCACCCUGUGCUUCAAUAUCAAGCUUCCAAUCUGGUAGCACACUUUCUCAUACUGAAGGCAAUCACAUGAUGGAAGAUUUCCAAUCAAUUGAUUUAGAUGAUAUUUUGAGGAACUUGUUGGCUGAUGACCCACCACAUGAUGAAAUGUUCCUUGAGACCUCAUUACGUGAUGGUGGUUCAGUUAGAGGUACCAGCAAAGGUGUUAAUGGCUGGCUCAAGAUAAAGGCAGUGCUGCAGUGGGGUUUCUUCUACAGGAGAGGUGUCAGAAUUGUGCCCUUAGACGAAUCGCCGAAUGAAGUCCAGGCUCGAUUGAUUAGAUCUUGAUGUCGCAUUACGCGAGAUGAUUCUCCAUUUAUUGUCUGAUAGAAUCCAUGGCAUUCUUUUCUUAGAUGAGGGCAUAUUAGUUGCUCAUCUGUAUUCUGUUUAUUCAUUUGUGUAUAGAACAGCUUUGUUUGAACGCCUUCUUAAGCGAAUAAGUUUUUUCAUCAGGAAGUGUCUCUCUACUUCAGUUCUUUUAACAUCUUUCUU